AUGGUUGAUUUAAAAAAUUGUAUGAUGUACAUUCCAAAUGGUAUAGCUGGCGUUUUAGCCGGUCAUCCAUUAGAUACUGUGAAAGUGCAGCUUCAAACUCAAGCACCAGGUCAAUACACCGGAACCAUCCACUGUUUUCGUUCUAUCAUCAAAAAUGAAGGAAUUGCUGGGUUGUUUAAAGGAAUAUCAAGCCUUUUGGCUACUCUAAGUUUCACUAAUGCUAUAAUAUUUGGAGACAGUUUGAAGAUCAGUGCAGCAUCAAUUUCAGUUAUGCUACUUUCUUACUCUCGCAAGUACAAUCGUUAUUAUUGA